CGCCGGCCCGGCGAGCCGAGCGGCAGCCCGCGGAGUCGGGGGCCCCGAGGCCACCGGAGCGGCGGGCGGGGCUGGGCUGGGAGCCGCCCCCGGCCCCCCGUCAGGCUCCAAGUCCCGCGCUGGGCCGGCGCCCGGCCGCAGGCGCGCGCGGGCUUCGCCAGCUUCGUGCGCUUUCAUGGAGGUCCGGGCGGCCUUGGCCGGAGCCUGGUUCCAGCUGCCGCCCCGUCUGUCUGUGUCGGAUCUGCAGGAGCCCAGGGGUUGGAGAAGCACCCGCAGACGGCCUGGGAGACAGCAGCUCUGGAAGAGGGCGUCCUGGGAUGAGCCCUGACGCGGGGAAACCAGCCAACGAACAUCCCUCCCACCUUUUAUUUUCCCUGGUCAUUGACUCUGAAGACCCCAGGCCAGUUGUCUCUCCCUCUUCCCGUAUCCUCCGGACGCAGGGACUUGGGUCUGGACACCUGCUGGAGCUCGUCCUUGCCCAGGGCAGAGCCGGACGGCUGCUGGAGACUCUGACCGCUGCACCUUCACCACAGCCCAGACCCUUGGCGCCAAGUUCGGCUACGGGAUUAGGGGUGAACAUGGUUCGCACCUGUCGUGAAGCCCGCCCCCCUCUCGAUGACCUGGUAGCCAGCACCGUGCGGAUGUCUUGUUUUCCGACGGCCCAGCCUCCGGACCCUGGGGCGGCGCACGGGGCCAUGGCCCUGCUCCCCGGGCCCGCGGAGCCCCCGGGCCCCGAGCCCCCGGUUGGCGGCGGCGGCGGCGGCGGCGGCGGCGUUGGCGGGGCCCGCGCCCGGCACGUCAUCAUCAACGUGGGCGGCUGCAGGGUGCGCCUGGCCUGGGCCGCGCUGGCCCGCUGUCCCCUCGCGCGCCUCGAGCGCCUCCGCGCCUGCCGCGGCCACGACGAGCUGCUGCGCGUGUGCGACGACUACGACGUGAGCCGCGACGAGUUCUUCUUCGACCGCAGCCCGUGCGCCUUCCGCGCCAUCGUGGCGCUGCUGCGCGCCGGGAAGCUGCGGCUGCUGCGCGGCGCGUGCGCCCUGGCCUUCCGCGACGAGCUGGCCUACUGGGGCAUCGACGAGGCGCGCCUGGAGCGCUGCUGCCUGCGCCGCCUGCGCCGCCGCGAGGAGGAGGCCGCCGAGGCGCGCGCGGGCCCGGCGGAGCGCGGGGGCCCCGGCAGCCCGGCCUGCGCCCCUGGGCCCGGCGGCGGGCGGCUGGCGCGCGGCCGGCGGCGCCUGCGCGACGUGCUGGACGACCCGCGCUCGGGCCCGGCCGGCAAGCUCUUCGCCUGCGUGUCCGUGGCCUUCGUGGCCGUCACGGCGGUCGGCCUCUGCCUCAGCACCAUGCCCGACAUCCGCGCCGAGGAGGAGAGGGGCGAGUGCUCCCCCAGGUGCCGCAGCCUCUUUGUGCUGGAGACGGUGUGCGUGGCCUGGUUCUCCUUCGAGUUCCUGCUGCGCUCGCUGCAGGCUGAGAGCAAGUGUGCCUUCCUGCGGACACCGCUCACCAUCGUCGACAUCCUGGCCAUCCUGCCCUUCUACGUGUCGCUGCUCGUGGGCCUGGCGGCGCGGCCGGGCGCGGGCGGCAGCAAGCUGCUGGAGCGCGCGGGGCUGGUGCUGCGGCUGCUGCGCGCGCUGCGCGUGCUCUACGUGAUGCGCCUGGCGCGCCACUCGCUGGGGCUGCGCUCGCUCGGCCUGACCGUGCGCCGCUGCGCGCGCGAGUUCGGGCUGCUGCUGCUCUUCCUCUGCGUGGCCAUGGCCCUGUUCGCGCCGCUCGUGCACCUGGCCGAGCGCGAGCUGGGCGCGCGCCGCGACUUCUCCAGCGUGCCGGCCAGCUACUGGUGGGCCGUCAUCUCCAUGACCACCGUGGGCUACGGCGACAUGGUGCCGCGCAGCCUCCCCGGCCAGGUGGUGGCGCUCAGCAGCAUCCUCGGCGGCAUCCUGCUCAUGGCCUUGCCCGUCACCGCCAUCUUCCACACCUUCUCGCGCUGCUACUCAGAGCUCAAGGAGCAGCAGCAGCGCGCCGCCGGCCCCGAGCCCGCCCUGCGCGAGGACAGCGCGCGCUCCGCCUCCGCCACGGAGGACGACGGCUCGCAGGGCCCCGACGGCGCCGGCCCGGCCGGGGACUCCGUGGCCGGGCCGUGGGCAUCCGCGGGGCCGCCCUGACCCGGCGGGGCCGCGGCACCGGCGAAGAGGCUGCUCCCCCGGAGCGCCAGGACCAGAACCGCGUUCUCGCCUCCCGCCGCGCACGGAGGGACAGGGACGACUCUGGGGGCGCGGCUCCCUUUGCCGUGCAUGUUGCUCGACCCGCACAGCCCGGAACUUGGCCCGGGGCUGACCCCGGCCUGAAUCGGGGGUCAAAGCCAUCCUGUGCUUUGAGUACAGAGCUGACCUCCGAGGAACAUCACCAGCCCGCUCUCCGCUUUCCUUGUGUCUCUGGAGUUUUGCGUCCAUGAUGGCCAGCUAAAAAUAAAUGCAACGAUCCCGGAAGCUCCAAGCCUGUAGCAGAUGCCAGAAGGGCACACUCGUCCCCAGGCCUCACCUUGACCUUCCCCUGCUCGUCCCUGGUGGGGCGCAGUGGGGCUGGAGAGGGCACAGCCCCUUCCUGCUCCUGCCGUGUCACCGACGGUGGGCCGUGCCCCACCAGAGGGGUCUCCCCAUCACACCUGCAGAAGCCCACGUCCCUGCCAAGCGAUAGGGACAGAGGUGUGACACUGAUGCGCGCAGCACCCCGGUUCCUUCGGGGGCGGGUCCCAGCCCCGACCUCUGACCUCCCUUCCCUGGCACGAGCUCCGUGGGGAUCUUCCGGGAUCCCUCCUCACCUGUUCGCCCCUGAAAACGCCCGGCAAAGCUGAAGGCCUGCACGUCAGCCGGCCCCACUCCUGCCCUCGGGCGCCUCGGCCCCCCGCCCCCGCCCGGGGUGACUGCGCUGCUUCUCUGGAGGCGAGAGGACUCUCCGCUGACACGUCGCUCCUCAGCCAGCACGGCUGGUCGUCCGGGAAGAAACCGCUUCCUCCUGCGGGGCGGGGAGCCUCGCCGAUUUUCCCUCCAAGGGUUCGGUCAGCGGUGGAGUGACCCAAGGCAGCUGUCCCCUGUCCUCCCCCCCUCCCCGCCCGCUGCAGUGGCUCUGAGGGCACCCAGGCGCCCUGCAAGACCAGAGGCCACCUCGGGUCACGGGAUGGGGUGCCCGUCGGCCGUCCUGCUGGGAACCGCGGGGGUGUGGGGAGGGGCGGAGCGCCCGCCGCUGGCUUGGCCGUGCCGUCUCCCCACCGCCACCCCGACCCCCCCACACGGUCCCGCCGGCUGCGCUCUGGCAGGCUCCGCUGGCUGUGGCCUCGGUUGCCCAUCUGGGUUGGGGGCCGGGAAGUGGCCAGGUCCCCGCCGGCCUGCUCCCUCAUACACGCCAGGGAAACCCGGACUGGAGACACCCCUGUGGGACAGCUCUGUGCAUUUCCUGCAAGACGUGGUGUUGCCGUCGCUGCUUCCUUGGCCACCUGCUGAGAACGCUGGAAAGCACUGCGGGAGGGAGGGCAGGAGACUGAGCUUGCGAGUGCAGCUGUCUCAACCCCCCCAAGUGCUGGGCAGAGAGCGAUGGUCAGUUCCCGCCGACUCACGACGCGCUGACGCGGGGGCACUGGGUUUGGGUUGCCCUGGCCACCAAACCAGUGGGGCAGGCUGAGUGGGCCAGGCACACUCCUCUGCACCUCAGUUUCCCCACCGGUAAAACCAGCGUGAUCCCCAAGCACCCGCUGGCUCCACAGCCCCAGGAUGCAGGAUCCUGGUCCCCGCCAGAGCUCUCCGGUUGACCCCCAACGUCUGUGAAGCGUUUAAGGGGGUGACUUGUGUCUGUGACACUCCAGGAAUCAGCCAACACUCCCCUUCCCCUCAGGGCUGCUUUCUGCACAGCUGUGCGUCCUCCCUUGGGCCCGACGGGCCCUCCCCCACCCCCAGCUGACCCGCGUGUGCCACUCAGACUGAACGGGGCAGCUCCGGGGCUGAACGUGCUCCACUGUCAAUGUUGAGGGUUGGAAACCCCCAUGUUUGCUUCCAAAAUAGCCCCAAUUCCUGUACCCCUUAUCUUCGGGGAAAAUGCAUCCCCCCCGUGCGCGCGCACACACACACACACACACACAGUUUCUUCUUGGCCAGCUGGAUACCAGGGCUGGGGUGGCGAGGGCAGCUCGAGAGCUGUGGGCAGGGUGCCGGCACCGUUUGCAGCUCUUUAUCUGCUCUAAGCUUUCAGAAGCUCAACUGAAUGAGAUGGACUUUCUCACGCACGCCAGGAGCUGGGGCAGCAGCACCAUUUUGUUCCCAUUUCCAAAAUGCUAUCCUUGUUGAGAGGAAGAGCUAUAAAAAAAUAGGACAUUUAGGGUUUUGGGGAAAAAGUGACCUUCAUGUAUUUUUUUCACUAGCAGCCCCACUUCUCGUGGGGCUGUUAGAAACGUCUGCCCUUUCCCCGGUGGAUGGCUGUGCCCAGAGCUCGGGGUUCCGAGCUCUCCUGGCCGGGGCAGCAGCUGGGCUUGUGACUCUGCUGUGUCUGAAGCGCAGCUCUGGGGCUCGCUCCUCGGGAGGACACAGGGGCCGCGUCAGUGCCGUUUCUUGGCUCGUUAGUGAAGUCCCCAAAAGGCACCUUCAUAUGUCUUUUUGGUUUUUUACUAUUUGAACUUACGGCCUUAAUUUUUUAAUUAAAAUAGUUAUUUUCAAUUAACACAUUAUCAGAAGGAAAACAAAAAUCCACCCCCAGAGCAGGACCCCUGUCCUGCGUGAUUCAGUACACGGGCUCCAGGGUCCACACCGAGGCUCCCUGCUGCCGGGGGCGGCCACGUCGGAUGUCACCACCUUUGAUCAGCUCACUCAGACUCUCCGAGGCCAGCGCUACAGGCUGGGGUGACUGACUCAUCGAAAAAUUUAAAAUAUAUCGCUUCCAUGUAUUUUGACUUUGUUGAUUUUUUUGGUCUUGCCCUCAGCAUAAAUACUCUCCGUGGGAAAAAAAAAAAUGCUCGGUACAAACGGAUCCAACCCUACUUGCUACACAGAAUUACCGGUUUUCCUUGAAACACUUCUUUUGGCCUUUAAAGGAGACACUCCCCAACCUUCUGAGACAUCCCGUCGUUAAGGGAACUGUGCGACUGGCGGAGACCCAGGCGCCACCACCUCGCCCCGCCUGGCCCCGCUGGCGCAGGGCGGUCACUGUCCCCGGGGGCCUGAGGGAGCAGCCCCGGUCUCACAGGGGCCGGAACUGUCCCCCGAGGAGGAGACGCUGGCCCAGCCCUUCCCUGGGGUCCCCUGAGGUGAAUGAGGACGAGACCGGUCCUUUACUCUGCCCUGGACCCCCCACUCCGACUCCACUCACAAGGCCACACUGGAUCCGCGAGCAGUUUAUUGAAUUAAAGCCACCCUGACAGAAUCACCAGUGCUCCCACACAUGGCAUGUAAGUCACCCCUGCAACCGGUAAUGUUUUAAUUUGGAGGCAAUGACUGCUACAGACAUCUCCUUUCAUUUUUUAAAAAUAAACGUUUUCAAAGCAUCUUGCAGGCCAGAGAACUAAGCAGGAUCCUCAAACAAACAUUCGGGAGUUUUUGAGGAAAACUCAGGAGGAGGAAACGGCUCCGCACGCCUUCCACUGGCCACGGCAGAUGCUGCAGCUUUGGCACCAGCCCCAGGACCGUGGACACUACAGAGCCACCCCUCUGCCUGGGGGAAGGGAAAGCGCCUGCGGGAGCCGUGUGGAAGCAUCUAAACGCUCGCCCUGCGGGGCCUGGAGUUGGAGCAGGGCCGCUGGGCACGGCUGAGAUGCUUGUGUAAACCGAAGGGGGACCAAUGCCAGACCAGCAGCCCCACCACCACCAGGCACAGCGGAUGCGGAGGGCUGCACGGGAGGAGGGGGGGCGGGCGGCAGAGAUGCCCUGCACAGCACGGGGACACCUGCCUUGCUGUCCCCUGCCCUGACCCGCAGGCAUCUCCAAGCCUGGAAGACAGACACCUAAGGCCGUAUCUGCAAGCACACGAUUCCCAGAGGAAAGGGAUGCCGGUGCGGUAGCCCUCUGUGGGGACGGCCAGGGGGUCUGCCCGGCCCCAGACCCGGGCCCUCGGCCUUCCCAGGCGGCCCUGGGGGCUGCUGCACCUGCCGUGCCCCAGCACCCACGGAGAACCCAGGCCCCGCUCCCAGCACCCCGGGGCUCACACGCCCGGCUGGAGACGCUGGGUCAACAGCAGCCCGCCCAGGAGGGGCCGGCAGAGCCGCAAGGCCGCUGGGGGCCCUGGAAAGGUACCUACCUAGGGUUUCGCGACCAGAGCCCUGUGAUGCUUCGGUACCUCAUCCCCACGUGUCCCGGGCCCGACACUGCCGUGAGUCACCCACAGCCAAUCUGAGGCUGCGGGCUCCGUGGGCUGGGACCCGGGCUCUCCUGGUGCCGUUUCUCACUGCUGCCCCCCCGUCUCACCCAUCUUGGGGCUCCCCAGCCCAGCUGCAGGCCCCCUCGGCCCCAUCAGCCACGUCGAGGCCACGGGGGCUGAGAUGUGGAGGUUUCCUGAGGUCCUUGGUCCUGCAGGGCCCAGGGUGGCCUCCUCCUGGUAUAUGAACAUGACCCAGGCUCCAGCCAGCAGUAUUUUGAGCCAAAGUGGGAGAGGAGACCUGCUUUUCCGUCACCUUGAGAACAGCAGGCGCCCAGCCUGGGGGGAAAACCUGCUCACACGAGUCCUGGGUAACAGAGCACAACGUCGGCACCCAGGCCCCCAUCACCCCCCGAGAGCCACAGAAGCUGAGCAAGACCCCAAUGGCUGGGACCCUGUCUCGGGGCCGCAGCACCCACCUGCCCCACUCGGGGAGGACAGGUGGCCGGGCCGGAGCCCACGGCCCGUGGUCCCGCAUCCUCAUCCUCCCGGCUGCCUCAGAGGGCCUUGGCGCUGGCGGGAUGCGCCGCGUGGGGGGCCGGCUUCAGGGGGUGGCGGGUGAACACGUAGGCCUGCCCCAGGAUGGCCAGGUCCACCACCACCUGCAGCAGCCCGCACACGGAGAACUGCAGGGGCGCGCCGUUCAGCAGGAAGUAGGCCGUCUUGAAGGUGUCGCCGCUCGUCCACAUGAGGACCAUCUUGAUGCUGUGGAGAGAGAAACGGUGGUCAGGGCUCACAGACCAUGGUUCAGGGGUCACAACCCUGGGGUCAGGGCUCACAGACCAUGGUUCAGGGGUCACAACCCUGGGGUCGGGGGACAUAAUCCAGGGGUCAGGGGCCAAAAUCCAGGGGUCAGGGGACAUAACCCAGUGGUCAAGGGUCAUAAUCCAGGGGCCAGGGGACAUAGCCCAGGGGUCAGGGGGACAUGCCAGGCCUCGGCCCACCCUCCCGUCCCUCCAGUCCUGGCCACGAAGCCACCGCGUGCACGGCUGCAGGGACAGGAAGGCCCUUCGGCAGGAGCAGCCUCAGCUCUCCGGAGCAGGGGAGGGGCCGGCACAGGGGCCGAGCCCACACGGCCUCACAAACGUCCCCUCCUUCCUGGCUGCAGGCACAUCAGGUGUGUGUCCCUCGGGAGACAUGCUGUGGCCUCAGACGGGAGAGGGAAGACCGCCACCUCCUCACGCCGCGUCCCACAGGCUGACCCUGCAGCACGAGAACUGGCCUGGGAGGGGCGGCCCUCUGCCCCACACACCUGCACCCAGGGGUGCUGAGAAGGAAACCAGAGGCUGCCGGGCAAAGCAGGGUGAUGCGGGCUUCUCCCGGGAAUCCCCUCCCGGCCAGGCCCCUCACUCAAAAGACAGCCUGAGGGCGAUUCCAUUCCUGGUCAUUGGUGCCACUCCCAAAGUCUCAGAUCGGUCCGUGUGGCACAGAGCGGCCUCGUGUCAUCUAUCGCUCACGUCUGCACACACCUCUCCACACACAGCAUCUAAUGCCUGGCUUGCCAGGUAACGAGCAUCAGCACCAUCGUGUUUUCCUGCAUAAAGUGUUUAAAUCAGACCCACUUCCACAGCAGGCGCACACUACAUGGCUCACUAAGCCAGACCACGGUUUGAGGGGGGGCUUGCCUGUCACAGGGAGGAGGUGAGGACCCUCAGGGACAGGAUGACACCAGGCUGGGAGCCGUCUGUGCCACAGGCAGGGCAGGCACUUUGCGCCCCUGAGGUGGCCCUGGUUCACCCCAGAGCUGGGAGGCCUCCGACCCCAGGUCAGCUCUUAUCAGUAAAACCAGGCGAGGAGCCCGUGGCCCAGUGCAGGGAUGUCCACGUCCCCUGCUCUGCCCACCGGAGGGUCAGCCCGACCGCGCAGAACCGGGACAGGAAGGGGACAGCUCCCCUGACCUGCGCCCACGGCGGCUGGAGGCUUCCAUGGUCCUCAAUCAGGAGAAUGACUCAGGGCUCGGGGAGGCCCAGAAGGCUGGUUCCCGUCGACCCCGCAGCCGGCCCACCCGUCUCAACAGCCCAGUGCAUCUCACUUGGCCUGUCAUGUUGACUCACAUGGCGUUUAAAGACUUUUGUUUUUAAUUAGCUGAUAACUAACUCUGCAUUUAAAAAUCCAGGUUAUUAUAUAUCAUCAGUCCUUUUUCUCUGGCUUUCAACAUUUAUUUGACUUUGGUUUUUAGCAGUUUGUGGUGUAAUGCAUGUUUGGGACUUGCUGAAUAUCUUAAAUCUGUACGUUGAUCUUGCAUCAAAUUUGGGAAGUUUUCAGCCAUUAUUUCUUCAACAUUCUUUUCUGCGCCACUCUUUCCCCUCUCCUGUGGUCUCAGGUGACACAAAUGUUAGAUUUCAUGGUGCUGUCCCUGAGUCUAUUCUCUUUUUUUCCCCCGAUUUUUUUUCUGUUGUUCAGAAUGGAUGACUUAUAUUGAUCUUCAAGUUCAUUAAUUCGUCCUCUGUCAUCACCAUUCUACUACUGAACUACUGAAGUAUAGUUUUUAUUUAGCUACUGUAUUUUUCAAUUUAAAUUUUUCUAGUUGGCUUUUGUUAGAGCUUUUAUUUCUCUCCUGAGAUCGUCUGUCUUUGCGUUCAUUUCAAGAGUGUCUGCUAUUGCUCCUUAGAGCUCAGUUAUACUAGUGACUUUAAAAUCGGAUAAUUCCAGUAUCUGUGUCACCUUAGCUGACUGUCUUUCGAUUCUUUGUUGUCUGUUGAUUGUCUUUUCUUUUGAGAGUUGUUGACAUUUUCCUACUCUUCAUGGUGAGUAAUUUUGGUUUAUAUCCUAGACGUUUUUAACAUUAUGUAAGGAGACUCUGUCUUGCUUCAAUCCUGUGGAGAAUGUCGUUUUUUAUGUUCUACCAGGGAACUGACACGGUUAAGUUCAAGCUGCAAGUUCUGGCUGGUUUUCAGGGGCUACGGCUCAAUUUCAGUUCAGUUUUCAAAACCACUGCGGCGCUAUUCGUAUCUGCACUGUGUGGGCAGCCCUCGGUGGCCAGGCUGGGACUUGGGUGGUGGUCUGCCCCACAGGUCCUGGAGGAGAGCCCUUCCUGCUCCUCAGACCAGGCAGAGCGGCUUCUCUCGGAGCUUUCUACCCAGCACACCGUUCCGGACUUGGGGCUGUGCUCGAGUCCCAGGCUGGCAGAUGUGAAAAAACAAAACACCUCGUGUCAUUCAUACUUCCUCCCCGCAAUCCGUCUGCUCCAGCACCCAGGCUGCUCCGUCCGUCCCGUCCAGAUUUGUAGCUGCACCCAAGGGGAAAGACGGGCCCUUCACGGAAAAGAUCUGAGAUUAGUAGCAUUCCAUCACUGGCCACCCUGUGUCCCGUCCCGAGUUCUGCUGGCCUUCGCUGACUGGUCCCUGUGGGCACCUGACCUAGUAGACCCUGGACAACGGCUGAGGAGCAGCAGGGAGAAUGCCUCGUUGCUGUCAUCUCUUCUACGUGGCAUCUGUCGCCGCAAAGUUGUGCCUCUCUCUCCGUCUGAAUUCUGUCCUGCUCUGGUGCACCAACUCGGAAUUUUAGAGUGAAGUAGCAGUGUGACAAAUGGCCUGUAGGUGACUCUGCAUCACGGCCCAGGGACACAGGGGACUGGACAGGGGCCGCCCACGGCGGCGCGGGUCAACCUGCACACGUGGAACCCCGGGGGGAUUGCAGAGGCCGGGCGGGAGGGAGAUGCACACGACACGGUGGAGAAACGCACCAGAGCGACAGCUGUGGCGGGAGCGGUGUGCGCCGGGGACUGGGCACCAGGAGGCUGCGGGCACCUGGGCAGACCGGAGCCAAGAUCCACCCAUCCGAGCUACAGACAUGCCCGGCCUGCCAGCGAGGCUGCCCACAGCUUUCCACAGCUCGGAGCACUUCCAUUUCAAAGGAAAACCCACACCCACAGAGCAAGCAUUUCAAGGAGAAGCUCCGACAAGCAACCGCUAUUUCUGCAAAAGGCCGUAAAGACAGGAAGAGAACCAACGAGUCAUAAAUGAGUCUAGUUCUAUUUUACAGAAUUGGGAGCUGAGGCACAGUCUCCCCCAGAGAUACCCGAACUUAACAGGAGACCCAAAGACCCUCCCUCCAAAAACAAACAACACGGGGUGGCCUGUGCGGCCCCUGUUAUGGAGGAGAGGCUGAGACACAGAGAAGUCGGGUGGCUCGCCCAAGGGCACACAGCGAGUGCCUCGCACUGUGGGAAGGGCUGGGGAGGGGGCGGCAGGAGGCACAGCUGGAGCCUGUCCCGGGCUGGUGUCCCUCUGGGCCCUGAAGGCACAGGUGCACCUUCACCCCGGCAAGUGGAGACGUGAGGUCAUCGCAAAGAGCUGGGCCCUGCCUGACGCACACGAACAUUUUUAGCUGCCCAGGCACCUCCCCGGCCCCGGCCCCGCAGUCGGCUCUUGCCCCGGGGGCAGGAAUCCGACAGGCCCCACCACCAGCCCCACGUGUCGAGGGCUCGGGGCAAAUAUUAAUCAAGCUGCUCCCAGCCCGUCUGAGCAGAAGACCAGUGCCAGCCUGAGCGAUGUGAGCCCUCGUGCAGGGCGCUCUGGACAUAAAAGCUCGUGCCUCGCACCCUCUGGUCACCCCAGACCCUGCGGUGCCCUGUGGACGUGUGCCGAGCCCAGGCCCAUUCUCCCCACACGGGUGUUAGGUCUUCCUUUACCCUCAACAGCUAUCGGGCGGGGCGAGCCCCAAGGCUUGGCUACCACCGGCCAGCAGGCCAGGGACGUCCUCGUGGACACCACAUCCGGAACUCGCCUGCUGCGCACGGCUGGGUCUCCAGGAAGACCCCUCCUCGAGCGAGGGCUCAGCCGGCCCGGGGCUCCGAUGAUGCCGGGGGCGCAGGGCUCAGAGAACCUUGCAGAAGCUGGUCUGGGUGGGAGGGGAGACUGUCCCCAGGCUGCAUUCCUCCAGCUCAGGGGGCGCCUGGAAGCUGGAUUCCUUUCUCUAGGUCCCUCCUCACACUGGUCCCCAGCUGCUGCCUCAAGUGCCUGGCCCUCCCCGCCCUCCUGCUAUUUUAAUCCGGGCUCCCGUUACCUCAUUCUUGGCUCCAGCAUUUUUCCUCCCAAAGUGAGCAGGCAGAUGACUAUUCCUAAAAUACCUCUCACCUCAUCCUCGCCCCACCCGGCCGUCCAGAAAGCCUCCGCCCAGCCAGGGGCCGCGAGGUGAGAGCCUCACCCCUGCGCCUACCCCGGCCCCGCCAGCAGCCCACACACCUCCCCGGCCCCGCCAGCAGCCCACACACCUCCCCGGCCCCGCCAGCAGCCCACACACCUCCCCGGCCCCGCCAGCAGCCCACACACCUCCCCGGCCCCGCCAGCAGCCCACACGCCUCCCCGGCCCCGCCAGCAGCCCACACGCCUCCCCGGCCCCGCCAGCAGCCCACACACCUCCCCGGCCCAGGCCACACCUACCCUCCUGUCCGCCUAUCCAGAGCUCCCCGAAAUUCAAACCCUACCCGGAAAACAUCCCACAGGAGUAGGUCUUUGUGACCGUGGGUCACAAGAAACAAUGGUUUCUUGGGUGUGACAUCCAAAGCAUAGCAAUUUUUUUAAAAGAUACAUUGGACUUCAUCAAAGUCAAAUCUUUUGUGCUGCAGUGUGAAAAGACAGCAUACAAUGGGAGAAGAUAUUUGCAAAUCACAUAUCUGGUAAGAAUAGUUAAAGACCUCUACAACUCAAUAAUAAAAGACAAAUAACCAAAUUUUUAAAUGGGGAAUGAAUCUGGAUAGACCUUUCUCUAAAGAAGACGCACAAAUGGCCAAUAAUCACAGGAAAAGGUGUUUGAUGUCAUUAGUCACCAGAGAAACAAAUCAAAAGCCACAGGAGAUCCCACUUCACACCCACGAGGAUGGCUACAAUCAAGAGGUCAGAUGGUAACGAGCGUUGGUGAGGGUGUGGAAAAGCCAGAACCCCCGAACACCCCUGGUGGGAACGGAAAAUGGUGCAGCCACCAACUUAGCAAUUCCACUGCUAGGUGUAUUCCAAGACAAAGGAAAACGUAUGUCCACACAGAAACUGGUACACAAAUGUUCACAGAAGCGCUGUUCACAACAGCCAGAAAGACGGCGAACCCAAAUGUCUACCAGCUGAAAAAGAAAUAAACAAAACUCCAUCUGUCCGUACACUGAAAUACUAUUCAACCUUAGGAAAGAUGGACGCUGACAGAUCGUACGUGGACGGACUUUGGGAACCUUAUGCAGAGUGAAAGCAGCAAAGGACCUCGUAUCGUCUGAUUCCAUUUACAUGACGUGCCCAGAGCAGACAGAGCCGCAGAGACAGAAAGCAGACCAGUGGUUGCCCAGGCCUGGCAGCGAGGGUGGGGGAAAUGGGGAGUACUAAUGGGUAUGAGACUGCUUUCUGGGUGACGAAAAUGUCCUAAAAUUAGAUUGUGGUGAUGGCUGCACAACUCUGUGAAAGUCCUAAAAUCCACUGAAUUGUGUACUUUAAAUGGCGAUGGUGUGAUAGGUUACAUCUCAAUGAAGUUUUUUUUUUUUUUAAAGUUCCAGGGCUUUUGCUGAAUUCUAAUUCCAGCCCUCCUCGUCCAUCGACUGGACCCUGGGUGUGGCGUGUGCGCACACGCGCAGGGGUGUGUGGCGUGUGCGUGUGUCCCGUGGCGGAGAAGCACGUGCGGGAGCCCACACGUGCGCCGUUACCACGUGCACCACGCAUGGCAUUCUCCAUUCACACCACUGUGGGCUUAUUACGUGUCAAGGACGACAGAGGAAGAUGAGUAGGGGGCUGGGAAGUGACAUACGUGCGGCCCCCGGGGGAGACGCCGCCCUGAUUCCCGAGCAGCCAAGGCUCCAGGCGCCCCGCUCCAGGUUCAAGGGCAACGCCGGAGCCGGAGCAGGUGGACACUUCCCGGACGCUGCCUGUCAAGGCAGGAAGUGUCCCCGCUGGGACAAGGCAGCGGGCGGGGCGGCCCCAGCGGCUGCGGCGCCUCGGCAUCCCCACCACACCACGGCGGCCACACACACACCUGCACCUGCACCUGCACCUGCACACACACACGCACGCGCGCACACGCGACCUCCUCUCGCGGCCCCUGCUCGUCCCGGGGCUUCCCGCCUGCCCCUCCCCCUCCUCGAUCGUAACCGGUUCCACGGCUGGUUUUCCCCACGCUGGCUUCCUCUUCCCGUCCCAGCCGCCCCCAGGCUCUCCAGUAAUUACUUGUUGGGGAACAUCUUCCGAUCCAGCAAAACGCGGAGGAAGGAGGAGGAACUUCACUCACAGUCGGCCUCUUAGGGCCGCUGCACUAAUUAGUAACAUGAGUCAAAAGCUGCAGCACUUUCUAUUACUGGUUCAGAAGCAACAGUCACUUAACAUUUUGUAAAGGGAAAUCAUCAAGUAUCUCUUGCAUUUCCUCCAAGAAAUGUACGUGUGUGAAAAUGUGUGUGCAUGUGUGUGUGAGCAUAUGUGCACGUGGUCUGUGUGUGCAUGUUUGAGAAUCUGCGUUUGGGAGUGUGGGAGUGUGUGCGUGUGAGCGUGUGCACACGUGUGUGUGUGAGUUGCGUGUGUGAGUGUGCACACACCUGUGUGCGUGGGCUCACACCCUCUGAACGCGUCCAUGGGUAGGCCCUUCCAAGCAGGUCCGCAGGAGACGAAGUCGGUCCUCGAAUAGGACCUCACAGCCCCUUCCCUUCUUACACCUCCUGACGGUCUUCUGUCUGAAGCAAGCUGAGGCUGAGUGUCCCGCAGCAGAUCUGUGGUGGCCUUGACCACAGGGCUUUGCGAACCCCAAGUCCCAGUGGGUCCAGGGCGUCUCCAUCAUAGAGAAGGUCGGGGGAUGAAGCAGCCCUCCCGGCGGGCUCCCUGAGGAUGCUGGGUCAGGCCACGCAGAGCGGCUGCCGGGAAGUGGGGACGAGGGCCAGAGGCAGCCCUGACAACAAGUCCUGCGUCCAGGCCUGGGUGCAGGAGAGCGAGGGAGGCCUCUGGUCCUCUGCUUGGGACGGGACGGGCCAACCUCAGGAGGCUCCUGUGUCCAUGCCGAGGGGGGCUGACCACGCAGCCGGCUGGGGGGUCCCGUGCCAGGGCAAGUUCUGGGCUGAACCCAGGCUGAACCGACCCCGCUAAGUGCACACAGGGAGCCCCAGCCUCUCUCUUCCAGGCUGGGACGUGGAAGGCGGGAGGGGAGCUUCCCUCACGGCCCCACCCUCCUCGCUCCGCCCAGGAGCCCGAGACCCGCCCCACAGGAAUCAGGCUACAACGUGACGGGCUGGACGCUCGUGGGGGGGGGGGGCACCACACUCGCCACGGCUCAGGCUCCAGCAGGCGUCCAGACUCCCUGAACACACGGGUGGCAUCGUGCUGGCCCUGGGGACGAGGGAAGGGUCAGGCGCAGGUCAGACCAGCCCGGCCUGCACAGGGACACCUAGGAGUCUCAUUUUCAGGAUCGUGGAGUCGGAUUUAUUGACCUUUGACAGCCAAGCUGUUCUGGGUGCUGGGGACACUUCACUGAGCAAGGAAAGAAGGCCCCCGCCCUGGGGCCAAAGUGACAACCGAGACAGACGGACCUUGGCAGGGAUGGAGCAGAGACGGGGGUGGGGUUGAGGGAAGACCCAGCAGAGGGACACGCGGAGGCCCGGGUGCCCGUGAGCUGGGCUGGGAGAAGCCGACGCCGGCGUUGCACUGUUUACACACCUGCUUCAGGUUUAAUCCAUCACUGCAUGAAAAUUCCUUUACCUUAGAGUUUCGCUUACACAGGCUUCUUGGAAGAAGCACAGAUUUUACAGGAAACAAAACUGUAACCAGGCUCCAGCCCUGCACUCGCUCUCUCUCCCAGCACUCGGUCUGUGCCCACCGCUAAGAAAAAGGGUGUUGGCCCUUUAAAUACACACAGAGCAGGGUCACCUCUUUGUUAACUCCAGCUGAGCAGAGAACCUGUGACCCUCCCAUCGCCUCCGGUCACCUGCAGGGCCCGCCCCCCCCCACAGCAGGUGCAGAGGCCCAGCUGGCCCCCAGCGGCCCGGCCCUGCGGACCCACCCACGGAGCCCUGCCUGCGCAUCCUGCGGCUCAGUGGACACGACAGCAACACUGAACAGGCCCCUAACCUAAUUACACCUCCACCCAGAGCCCGUCUCCGAG